CUAUUUUAUCAUAAAAGGCACUUUCUACUGCAUGCGUCACAGAUCACAAUUCUGUUCACAACUACUAGUCAGAGUGAAAAACCAACGGUAAUGUCAAAUGGAGCUUUAAAUUACUGCGGUAUUUAUCAACCGUGAUGAUGCUUCUUGGGGGUAUUAUGAGAUAACUGUAUCCUUUAUAUAGCGUGUAUGAUUUUUCUUGUCUGCUGUCAUCAUAUAUCCUUAGAGCAUUUCUCACUAUCAGGCAAACAUAAGUUUCUUGGUUACAUUCGAUGCAAAGAAGCAAUGCCACAGCCCUGUGAUCUUGCAAUUAAUGUUAAUGGUCAACAAACAUUCUUUAUCAAUCAGAAAGUUCUAUCAGCAUAUUCAGAAAAGCUAAAGAAGAUCGUCAGGAGAGAAAAGAGAAAAUCCCACAUUAAGGAUUCAAUUAUUGAAAUUGAUGACUUCCCCGGAGGCCCAGAUGGGUUUGAGCUGGUUUCAAGAUUCUGUUACAAUCAUGGCGAAAUCAAAAUCACAGUUUCAAAUGUGGCUCUUCUCCAUUCCUGUGCAGUAUUUCUUGGCAUGACUGAGAAUGUAUCCACGAGCAAUCUCUUGAAACAGACAGAGACAUUUCUUGAUGGAAUGAUUUACUGGUCUUGGCAAGAUACAGUUUCCUGUCUCAAAAGCUGUGAGUUAUUCUUUACAAAUGCGGAUUCAUCUGGGCUUGUAGAAAAGCUCAUUUUUUCACUAUUGGGAAAGAUUGCACAUAAUACAGAUAUUGCAACUCUUGCUGCUUCCUCUUCUUCAUCUUCAUCAUCUCCUGAAACUGCAUCUAGGUUCAGGUUUUCUUCCCCGUCUAAAACCACUCCUGAGUCAACUAAGCCACGUUCAUCGAGCAAAAAAUGGUGGUUUGAUGAUUUGAUCAUAUUACCUCCAAUGAUUAUUGAAAAGGUAAUAAAAAAUAUGGGGGCUUAUGGAACUGACAACGAUAGCUUAAUCCUCACAAAAUCCCUACUCCAUUUCCUGAAAAUGGCAGUACUUCAAUGCAAACGUGGAGCAAAAAGAGCUGCUCUGUAUUCAAGAUCAGCCUAUGCUGGUCUUGCAGACACUGCUGUCCACGGGGUGAUUUCUAUGAGCUGUUCAUUUUCUUGCAGAGGCCUGUUUUCAGUAUUGAGGAUUGUGUCUGGAUUUGGUCUGAGCAAAGAUUGCAGAGCUAAGCUGGAGAUGUUGAUUGGUGGGGUGCUUGACCAAGCAACAUUGGAUGACUUGCUUGUCUCUGGCCGUGAUAGAGGUGUUUUUGAUGUUAAUCUGGUAUUGAGAUUGACGAGAAUAUUUGUUCAUAGCGAUUUGCUGUCCUCACAGAAGUUGAAGAAGGUUGGCACAUUGAUUGAUAAGUACUUGUGUGAAAUAUCUCCCGAUCAAAACCUUAAGACCUCAAAAGUCCUAGGAGUUGCAGAAAGUUUACCAGAUUCCGCAAGAGAUAGCUUUGAUGGGGUCUACAAAGCCAUUGAUAUCUACCUUGAGUCUCACCCAACACUCCCAUUUGAGGAGCGAUCAAGAUUAUGCAGAUGCCUUAACUACGAGAAGAUGAGUCUUGAAGCAUGCAAAGACCUUGCCAAGAAUCCAAGAAUCCCUCCAGAUAUUGCAGUUCAAGCACUCAAGCUACAACAUUCUAAAAUAUCAAAAGGUGAGUACUCUGUCCGUGUCAAAGUCUUGAAGGGACCAAGCAUGAUCAAUUCCUCCGGGAUGGUCUUAUACAAUGGCAAUGUUGAGAGUCUUUCACCGGAGAACCAAGACACGAGAAUGAACAUGCAAUGGGGGGUCAUGGAGUUGGAGAAGGCAUGCAGGGAGAUGAAGCGUCGGGUGCCAAAGUUGGUUGGUCAUGAUGUCAAUAUCAUGAGGGGUACUACACCUUAUUAUAGCAGAUCGCCUUUGCCUAAACUCUGUUAAACUUCUCCUUUUCUCUCACAAAAUUUAUAUCUAGUCCUUUGCGUUUUUUUCUGGUGAAAGUAAGACGAAGGAUACAUGUAUAUCAUGCGCCGAUAUCAAUUAAAGACUCUAAUCCCUCUCAUAAAAUCUAAGCUUGAGGGAUUUUUUGUGAAUAUUUAGUGAUUAUAGUAAAGUUUUGUAUUGUUAAUGCUAUUGAUAUUCCACGCAACUGCAA